AUACUUUUUUUCUUUUGUGAAUACGUGUGUGCGUUUUUGUGUAAAUAGAAUUGAUAUGGAUCUUCAUAAAUCGUUUUCAGCAAUGUCAAUAAAAGAAGACCAAGACAAAAUAGCACCUCCAAGAGUUAUGCCACCACGUAUUCCAGGUCGUUCAGUGCUUCCACCCAUGAGUCGAGCUCCAGGAAGUGCUCCUCCUCGUUUUCCACCACCUACAGGAGGAGGAGGCAUGCGAGGAAGAGCACCACCUGGUCGUUUAGGCAACAAGCCUGGUCUAAACUUGUCUCAGUUGGGUCUUUCUCCUAAACCUGAACAAACACCUUUUGCCAACUUUUCAAAAUACGUUGACCCUUCUGGUAAACUGAAUUUUGCUGGCAAGGCUAUUAUCCAUGCAGAUGGUGUUGAUUUCAGUAACGGAAAUAGUUUUACUAUCAAGAUGGACGACUUGGAUUUACAAGAAGAAUUGGGCAAGGGACAGUAUGGUACUGUACAAAAAGUCAAGCAUCGUGUGACAAAUGUUACGAUGGCUAUGAAGGAAAUUCGCUUAGAAUUAGAUGAAACAAAACUUCAUCAAAUCUUGAUGGAACUUGAUAUUUUGCACAAAAGUUCUGGUGAAUACAUUGUCGAAUUUUAUGGUGCUUUCUUUAUUGAAUCAUGUGUGUAUUAUUGUAUGGAAUAUAUGGACGCUGGUUCACUUGAUAAAUUGUACGGAAAAGGUGUGCCAGAAGAUGUCUUGGCUAAAAUUGCUACUUCUAUGGUUAAAGGCCUUAAAUUCCUUAAAGACGAACUAUCUAUCAUUCACAGAGAUGUUAAACCUACCAAUGUAUUGGCAAAUAUAGAAGGUCAAGUUAAAUUAUGUGAUUUUGGUGUAUCAGGACAAUUAGAGAAAUCCUUAGCAAAAACAAAUAUUGGUUGUCAAAGCUAUAUGGCUCCUGAACGUAUUAGAGCUGCUAAUACUUAUUCAGUUUCUUCAGAUGUAUGGUCAUUAGGUAUCUCACUUGUUGAAAUAGCAAUUGGUUGUUACCCUUACAAAUAUGACAAUAUGUUUGCUCAACUAAAAGCCAUUAUUGAUGAUGAACCACCCGCUUUACCUGCUGAUUCAUUCUCAGAAGAAGCGAGGGACUUUGUCGCUUCUUGUCUUCAAAAAGAUCCACUCAAGAGACCUGCUUAUGCUGAUUUGUUGGAACAUCCUUUUAUCAAGAAAUAUGAAGAUGUUGAAGUUGAUAUGGCCAAAUGGGCUCGUGAAGCAUUUGAAGCAAGAACAGCCUAAGAUUAUAUUUAUAUUCCCUUAUGAAAUGCUCUUUAGCAUAAAUAAAGAUUCUUUCUACGUUGAUUACAUAA